CUCGCACAAAGCUUGUCGUUUCAUCGACGCCGGUACGUACGGCUGCGUCUGCGUCUAAACGCCAGCACCUGCGUCAGACGCCGAGAAAAUCCCGCGGUCGCGACUUAUUUGCUGCGUCAACCUAACCUAAUUACCAUAUUACCCUUAACCUAAUUUACUAAUUACCCAAAAAACCUAAGAUAUUUGACGCAGUCGACGCUUGACGCCUCUCCAACUUCCAUUGACGCAACUCGACGCAGAGAUCUCUGACGAACACCUUUCGAUCUCCGACGAACUCCGAGCUCUCUCUCUCUCGAUCUCCGGCGAACUGCGACAUCUCAAGCUCUCUCUCUCGAUCUCCGGCGAACUCCGAGCUCUCUCUCGAUCCAUCUCGUCUCGCAGAGCUCUCUCUCUCUCUCUGGAUCCAUCUCGCAGAGCUCUCUCUCUCUCUCAAUCUCCGACAUCUCAACCUCUCUCUCUCGAUCUCCGGUGAACUCCGAGCUCUCUCUCUCUCGAUCUCCGACGAACUCCGAGCUCUCUCUCUCGAUCUAUCUAUUGCAGAGCUCUCUCUCUUGAUCUACCCAUCUCCCAGCUCAUCUCAUCUCAAGCUCUUUCUUCUCCAUACCCAUCUCGAGCUCGACCAAACCCAUCACUUCCUUUUCUUGUUGAGGCUCUCUCAGGCUUCUCCAUAGCUUUCUCGAAGCAAACCCAUCUCUCCUCUGUUUCUCACUCUCUCGUUUCUCUCUUCUUUGCCGCAGCUCGAGCUCUCUCUCUCUUCUGACGAAAACCCAGGGCUUUUUCUCCUCCAACGCAACGCUCGCUCUCUCUCCCGAUCUCAGACGCACACCCUCUCUUCUUUGUUUUGCCAAGUGCCGCCAAAUUUCAGAAGAGUCUUUAGUUCAAGACUGAGGAGGCUUGCAGCACAGGGAAAACUUUCAAAGGUUAGCAACUCAAAACCUGCUCUCUCUCCAUCUCCAACGCAUCUCAAGCUCGCUCUCCACCUCUCUCAAGCUCUCGACCUUCUCUCCUUCUCUCAGAACACGUCAAUGAUUUGAUGGAGAAAUUAACGGAGUUGGUUAAAAAAGACUUUGCUUAAGAGCCAAAGCUUAACGAUGAAAACGCAGCGUUUUGUGAUCGGUCGGAAAGCGGCUAACUUUGUUGCCUUACAGAAUCUGUUCCUCUGUUUCUUUUAUUACUCUCUCCCACAAACCCACUGAGACAGACAGGCCUGGAGUAGACAGAACAAAGGACAGAGAGAAUCGUCCAUGGAAGACAAGGGCAGCGACGAAGCCGAUGUUUACGCGGCGACGGAGACAGAAAAGACCGAGAAAGUGGAACCGGAGAAGGAGCUGUGUCACGGUGACGAUGACGAUGACGAAUUGAGUCAACGCAGAGGCGAAGAAUCACUUACGGAUAUGGAAGGUCUACAGGUGCGAGAAACCCUAGCUAAGGAUCAUGACGAAGGUGGUGCUCGAGAAAACUCGUCAGUGGAACCAAAUCGUGAAGAUGCCAAGGAGGAGAAGGCUAGCGGCACGGAAACUGAUGUAACUGCAAUUGCGCCGGUAGAGAACCGUGAGGUAGAAACAUCUACUUGUAUAUCUUCGAAUCCUUCAGCUGCACAUGGUGUAUCACUGGUUUCAGCUCCGUAUAAACAAGAGCAAAGAUCUGGUUCUCGGGUGGUUAGCAACUUGUCGGUUUCUCCGGUUCUGAGGACACCGGCACGUGAUGGUUACCAUUGGAGAAAAUAUGGGCAGAAGCAGGUUAAGAGUCCCAAGGGCUCACGGAGCUACUAUAGGUGUACGCAUUCUGAUUGUUGCGCGAAGAAAAUCGAAUGCUCCAACGAUUCAGGAAACGUGAUAGAGAUUGUUAACAAAGGUUCGCAUAGUCAUGAACCUCUCCGGAACAAUAGUUUCUCCCCAAGAGAGACUAGAGCUGCUGCACCAGUUAUUUCACCUGUGACGGAAGAUAAUACAGGAGUCCGUAGCUGUUCAGCUCUGUCCGCUUCAACUAAAGAAAACAUAUGCGAGUCAUCACUAGCAGUCGUUGAAGGGAAGAGAAACUGUGAGAACGAAGCUAUGGAGGAACCAGAGCCAAAGCGGAGACUGAAAAAGAGUAACUCACAAAGUUCAGACCCUGUCUUUAAGCCUGGAAAGAAACAGAGAUUCGUAGUACACGCAGCUGGUGAUGUUGGUAUCUCUGGUGACGGAUACAGAUGGCGCAAAUAUGGGCAGAAAAUGGUGAAGGGGAAUCCAAAUCCGAGGAACUACUACCGGUGUACUUCUGCUGGUUGUACUGUCCGUAAACAUAUUGAAACAGCAGUAGAUAACAGAACAGCUGUUGUAAUCACGUACAAGGGUGUACAUAACCACGACAUGCCGGUGCCAAAGAAACGACAUGGUCCUCCUAGCUCAGAGCUCGUGACUGCAGUUGCACCAACAUCGAUGAGAACCAGAUCAGAGGAUCAGGUGAAUAUCCCCACCUCAGGGCAGUGCUCUGUGCGAGGAGGAAGUGAGAAGCAGAGCAGUGAAGCAGUGGAUGUUGUUGGUGGAGAGAAAGUGAUGGAAUCGGCUCGGACUUUGUUGAGCAUUGGGUUCGAAAUAAAGCAAUGCUGAUCCCUUAUAUGUAUGUAUGUCUGAGUUAGAGUUCAUGGACGUCUCCUUGUUCUUGUUAUAUAAUAAAAACAAAACCCAUGAAUAUAUAUCUAUUAGUUAUUACUUAUAGAGUUAUAGUAAUGGUUAGAAUUUUAGUCUUGUAACUUGUUUUGAAUCAGUCACAUUUUGAUCAGUUUUCUUUUUUAUUGGAUUUAAGUUCCACUGAAGUUCUAUAAUUUU